CCGAUGGAGAAAAAACUAAUCGACAUUUUUGAAAUGCAUUUUAGUUAGGGCGAGACAAAAUUGUCUGCUCAAAUAUAACAGGUCGAAUUGUUUGCGCGAGAGAAAAUUAAUCGCAGCUGAUAUCUGACUUUUUUUUGAAGGGGCGAGAAUAGGAAAUGAACAAUCUUACAAGUUCCUCUUUCUCGUGCUUCACGUAAUUGUAUGAAGAUUGUUGUCUUUAAAAAAAAAAGCAGCGUUGUAUAAGCGCGCUUAAGAAUCGCACGCUUUCCCAAACGUACACUAUUGCUCCGAGCUGACAUAUGACGUGGUUAUAUCCGUUUCUUCCCCGUAAGGACCUCUGUUCCUAUGAAACGCAAGUGUUAAAAAAAAAAGCAUUAGAAUUGAACCACUCCAAUCUAACGACACGGGAUGUAUUCAAUCGUGGAAUAUAAAGGUUUAAAGUCGGGUUAUCAUUGUGGAUAUUGUAAUCUGGAAGAUGGAAAGGCGUCCACGGGUAUGUGGGCUCACACUAUGACUGUUCAAGACUAUCAAGAUCUAAUUGACCGAGGUUGGAGGAGGAGUGGCAUGUACGUUUAUAAGCCUGCAAUGAAUCGAACAUGUUGCCCGCAGUAUACAAUAAGAUGUCAUAUUUUGGACUUCAAGCUUGCAAAGUCCUCAAAGAAAGUAUUAAAAAAAAUGACACGGUUUCUCACCAAAGGAGAAGGAGCAAAAGGUAUUGUUGAACCUAUGGAAUCCUUCAAUGAAGAUAUUGGAAUUGGUCACGUACCUUCACCAUGUACCUCAGAAGUUAACAGAGAACUGGAGAAACCUUUGAAAAUUGUGAGCCUUGAAGAAGUACCCACAUCUACUGAAGUACAUGAGAAACCUCAGAAAGACCCUGCUGGAGAUAAUGGGGAUCCAGGUCAAAAACACACCUCUGCAGAGGCUAAUGCAACCACUGAAUCAGUGUAUAGUAAUCCUAAACCAGGCAGAGGACCCGAUCCAGAUAAACCACCAUGCCGCAAAGCAAAAGAUCUUCGGAGAGAGAGAAAAUUGAAAAAGCUGCUUCAGAAACAGCAACAAAUAGGAAUGGCCGAUGUCUCCCAGCACCAAGAAGCCACUUGUGAAACCCCCAAAGCAUUACUCUUGCAGCAUCGAGACCCACAAGGAAAUCAACCAAAAUCAUUGGAAGAACUUACUUCUGAAUCUUUAUCUCCAGAUGCAGUGCAUCAAUUAGAGGUGAGGCUAGUGAGGUCAUCUCCACCAAAUUCCCAGUUCAGAGCAACUUUUCAGGAGUCUUACCAGGUCUAUAAACGGUACCAGAUGGCUAUCCACAAGGACCCCCCUGAUAAACCAACUGAACAGCAGGUGAAACUAGUGCCAGUUUCCCUCGAUGAUCCAGCUUUCAAUGAAUCCUUUAACCAAUCAGCAACUCUGUACUCCAAGUAUCAGAUGGCUGUGCACCACGAUUCACCUGAUGAAUGUAGUGCAUCAGAGUAUACACGAUUCCUUUGUCAGUCUCCACUCCAGGCAGAGAAUCCACCUGAUGGUCCUGAUUUGGGUUAUGGAUCAUUUCAUCAACAGUACUGGUUGGAUGGAAAGAUUAUUGCAGUUGGAGUAAUCGAUAUUCUUCCUCGUGGUGUCUCCUCUGUGUACCUUUAUUACGAUCCAGAUUAUGCAUUCUUAUCAUUGGGUGUUUAUUCUGCAGUCAGGGAAAUUGCUUUUACCACUGAGCUGCAGAAGACAGUCCCUGAUAUCUGUUGUUACUACAUGGGCUUCUACAUACAUUCAUGUCCGAAGAUGAAGUAUAAGGGCCAGUACCAUCCAUCCGAAUUAUUAUGUCCCGAGACUUAUAACUGGGUGCCCAUUGAGAAGUGUAGGGCAAAGUUAGACCAAUCUAAAUAUAGUCGGCUACAUGAAAAUCCAAAUUCAGAAGAUGAAAACCGUCUCCAAAACCUGAAUAAAGUUCUGAUACUGUACAGGAAUACAAUGAUGCCUUAUAACAUCUAUCGGAGACGGCAGAAGAGAGCUAAUGAUGAAGCUGUAGUACAGCAAUAUGCAAACCUGGUUGGACAGACCUGUGCAGAACGGAUGGUGCUUUAUCGAAAUUAAUCUUUUUAAUGUUAAAUAUGUACAAUUAAAAUAACAUGUCAUACUGAGUAUAAAAAUACAUAGCAUGUUAAACAUAGUUUGCACACAAAAGUGUCUUACACAACAUUUGCUUGGAUAUAUCAUCCUCAAGUGUUUUCCAAGCCAGAACAGGUCAUUUCAAUUUGCUGGAGGUAAAUACAUAUACUUCACUAUAGACAUAACGUUGUCUGAAGAAAGAUCCUGACCUGAACCGUCACCUAUCCAUGUUAUCCAGAGAUGCUGCUUAACCCACUGAGUUACUCUAGCAUUUUGCAUCUUUGAAUUGGGUUGGGAAUUUCACAUUAAUCAGAGGCCCUGUAGGUAUUGUGGUCUGCUAGAAUGUUGCUGUAGAAAACGUUGUUUAAAUGUUUAAAAUAGACACAAAAUGCUGGAGUAACUCAGCAGGAUAGGCAAUAACUGGAUAGAAGGAAUGGUGACAUUUCGGGUCGAGACUUUUCUUUGGACUGAAGAAAGUCUAAAGAAGGGUCUCGACCCAAAAUGUCACCUAUUCCUUCUAUCCAAUGAUGCUGUCCCACUGAAUUACUCCAGCAUUUUGUGUCUACCUUCAAUGUAAACCAGCAUCUCUGGAGAGAAGGAAUGGGUGACGUUUCGGGUCGAGACCCUUCUUCAGACUAAUGUCAGGGGAGGGGGCGGGACAAAGAUGAGUUCCUUCCUACAUAUUGUUUAAAUGUUUUUUUUAAUAUUCUGCUGAAUGGAAGCUGUACAUAAAUCCACGGCCUCUCUGCCAGGUCAGAAAACAGGAAAUAAUGGAUAUGCUUUUAUUAUAUUAGCUCAAAUAGAAAAGUGAUGCAUUGAGAAUUUUCGUGACCUUUGCAAAGAAGAAUUCAAUUUUUGCUCCAAAGUGUGUUUGGAAAGAUUAAAAUUUGGGAAAAGAUGUUUUAUAAAAUGAUCGAGUAAUGGUGUUGAAAACUGAUGAAUUGGGAAGGAGAAUACAGACCUAACCACUGAUCAAACAAUGUACAAAGAAAUCUGGGUCAAUGGUUACAAUAUGUAUGGGUAACAUCAUUAUAGACGCAUUGUGUUCACCUGACAAUUCCAAAUAAAUGCAAAUGCUUCUCUGUGA